ACUAACACUACUAAUACUACUACUAAUACUAGUACGUGUUAAAUUCUUCAGCCCGGAGUGUCCAACUGCGGCCAUCCAGGACCCUCCACAAUCGUAUAACGACGCAAUGUCCCGGGUCCACGAACACGAAGGAGACAUCACACGGCGAUGACACACGACUCCGCUACUGCCCUGGGCGCUGUGGGCCGCCUGGGCUUGCCCGCUGAAUGCGACAUUGCAGUUCUGCGUCUUCUACGCCAGCAAAAGCUGUACGUAGUGAUGAAGCGCUUAGGCGCAAAUUUGCUACAACGGAUAGGCAUAGCGUUCCGAUUGCCGCGCCACUGAUUGGCCAACUGAUCUCGCAGCGUCCAAUAGGCUGGCAGCACGGCGACCACUCCUGCGCGCCCCGUCCAAUCGGAGAGGCGGACGACCGAUGGCCGCGUAAGCGCGCUGGGAAAUGUGACGACGCCAGACUCUUUAUUUAAUGGAAAAGAGUGAGUGGAUGGCAAAGUUGGGAUACAAAGAAAUGGGAUUUUGGUGACAUUAUUAUUGACUUCUCUCGCGAUUAAAAACUAAAAACGGCGUCCGUGUUAAGGACAUUUAAAGGGAAUUAAUUUCGCGCGAGCUCCGACGGGCGAUGCGUAUUGUUUCGGAGCGAAUGAGCUGCCGCUGGUUACAAUGUAACGGGAGGGUCAUCGUCAUGGCUACGAAGCCAUCAUUCAUUGUUAUGGAUAACUACAAUAACAACUUGCAACAACAAUAACUACAAAGGAUUUCAAGUCUAACACAAUUUAGCUGGCGGCUAGCGUGGAGACCGUUCAAAGCUUCAUGCUCAUGGCUGGGAGUGUGAGCGGAGCGUCCAGAGCGAAAGGGGCCUGGCAGGGCACCCCCCCAUCGCACUCUGAGGAGUGCAGUCCGGGCACCUGGUCAGAACGCUGGUCUGGAUGUCGAACACCCGACCAUUUGUCCGUCACGCCCAGCCACUACAACGUCAGCACGCCCAUCAUUGUCCUCCCCAAACGUAAAAAGAAGGCGUUCACAGUUCUGCCGAACGCUACACCGGGGCGAUGGGGCCCCCCGCGCGCGGCACGCGUUCUGUAUGGCGGCGGCGGCGGUGGCGGCGUCAGGGACGCACGAAGACUGGAGCGGCGCGUGCAUUCAGCGCGACUGCGAGCAUCGCGGGAGCUACGGGACGAGGCGGUGGCGCUGACGCGGCGCCUGGCCGAAGUUCGCCACGAGAACAUCGCACUGUGGGGAGCUCAGCGUCGCCACCAGCUCGCCAUCAACGCCUUCGAGGUGCCGGAGUGCGGGCUGGGCCACGCGCUGGACUCGCACGCGCGGGAGUGCCAGCGGCUGCGCGAGGCCACGCGGGACGCUCGCGAGGCGGAGCGGGGCCACGCGCACGCCGCCGUGCGCGUCGAGGCGCUGGGGCGGCGCGCGAGCCUCGACCUCGAGGCGCUGGCGGCGCUCGCGUCUGACGUCGCGCUGCCCGACGAGCCGCGCCUGCGGGCGGCGUUGCUCGACGUCGAGCGCAGGCUGCUGGGGACGCAGCCGCGCGUGCAGGAACUGCAGAAAAGCCUGGAGGUGAAUGUCAUCAAUUUCACACGGCAGUUUCGAGCAGAGCGGCGCAGCCUGGCGGAGACACAAAGCCUUCAGAGGGCCCUGCAGGUCCAGAUAGACUGUCUGGCCCAGCAGCUGCGGGAAAAGGAUCGGGAGCUGGACAUCCAAAACAUUUACGCGAAUCGUUGUCUCAAGGGCUCGUCGAAGAAAGAUGAUGACUCAGAUCAAGCAAACAAAGCGGUGCAAACAGACAGCUACCUGGAGAGAGAGUGGUUCGAGCAACUGCGGCGAGAGAGGGAGAGGAGAGAGCAAGAGGAGAGGGCGACACGCGAGUUGGAGGAGAGGCGCGAGAGGGAGACGAGGGAGCGCGAGGAGAACGCGAGACGAGAGACGGAGAGGAGAAAGCGGGAGGAGAGAGUACGCAAGGAGAGGAGGGAGAGGCAGAGGAGAGAGAGGCUGGAGAGGGCGAGACUGGCUGUCCUGCGCGUGGAGAGGGAGAGGGACCUCGCCCUGCAGAGGCAGCGUGAACGGCACGAGGAGGAGCAGCAAGCGCUGAGGCUCAUCAAAGAACGAGCAAGACAAGAGGCUGAAAGGAGGGCGCAGGAAUUGGCGGCCAAAAUGGCGGAGUCGCUGAAGGUGCAGGACGGUCCACCAGCCACGUCGCAAAACGGCGACGCCCUCACGGACAACGGUGGCCCCAAGCAACGGCAGCGGCCCACCCAGGCGCGUCGCGUAUACCGCUUCACCGACCCCGUGGAGAACAUGUACCGGGGACGGCCGGCCUACGGGAUGGGCGGCACCACCGCCACCACCCGGCCACCCGGGGCACGCAACGCCAGCGGUGGCAGUGGCACAGACACGGCUUCCGACGGAGCCGCGUCGAGACCGCUGAUAAACAGAGCCGUCGAGGAAGCGAGAGUCAAGGCCGAGCUCGCCGAACUGAUCUUGGGACCGGCCGGCAAUAAAUCAUCACGCUCCGGAUUGGUCAACGGCGGCGUCGGAGGUUGCAGUGCGGCAUCCCGUCCAGUGCGGGUGGAGGAGUGUGCGGCGCACGGCUGCAGCAGGAGGUGGCACAGGGUACGGCGUGACGCGGUUGCGAGUGACGGGUCGGCCAUGCAGCCUAAGCUACCACCGCGGGACAUCAACGAGGAUCCGCGAUAACGUUGCCCGUGCACAUGGACGUAAACUUUCAUUGUUAGUUGUUCCGCGAUGCCCUGACGGUUUGCACCGGGCAUUGUUCGUCAAUGUCCGAUGUUUUUCUCCACAUGUCGGGAGCUUCUUCAGGAACGGAACUAUCAGAAUGUGGAGUGAAGCAUCGGACAUCAUGCCGAAUAAUACGUGGUAAAAGCCGAAGAUGCAUUAGAGAGCUAUAAAGCGCAAACUGUGAACUUUGAAUGUUGGACAGUAUUUCUCACACGUCGUUUUGAUGGUUGCUGUUUUAAAACGAAUUUUUUUCUCUAGUGAAUUUUUGUUCUCAAUGGUAGUGCCAGUCAGCAAGUAGGUUAAACUUGUAUUGUUUUUUACUUGAGAGACGUCCAACACAUACCCCAACGCUAGGUGUGAAUGAAUUGUGUUGACCCUGUAGUGGUGAGCUUGACCCCGAGCAUCAACGCACACUGUUUGAACCAGGUGGUUUUUUUCUGUACUUAUAUCAAGUACUGCCCUCUCAGAUAGGUAAAACCUAACAGUGUUCAUGCAUAUUGUAACUUUUUUUAUGCGGAAUACAAGAAAAACAAAUACGUCAACUUUCCUUGCCAUGCGCAUCCCAUGAGAACACUUUGCAUUAAAUCGGCUUCGUUUUUACUCGUGUGUGUAUGUACAAGAUACGCAAUUGUAUCAAAGGUGCUGGUUUUCUCUGGUGUAAGAAUUAUCAAUGAUUGACCAUUUUUUCUAAAUCCGCAGGAAACGCGAAACAUUCCAUGAGCUUUGAUCAAGGUUAAUCUAGGUGUAAAUUCAGUGGCUACCAAAUGUACGAUUGCAUUAUUAAUUUAUUAAUACAAUUUCUGCAUUGGCUUACCUUCGAGUCAUCUGCUUCGAUGUUUAAAUUGGCGCACCAUCAACACAUGAACAUUGACAUAACAAAAGAUGCUAAUGCGUACAUUAUACAAGAUCAUCAACGAGGCUGGAUUGCAAGUGUGGAUCGCAUAAAUGUAGAUUCUCCGAUUCUCACCACAGUGUCACAAAAUGGACAAUCCAAACCUCAGUGCGCCAGCUCUUCCUUGUAUAUCCAUAUGGGUAUUUUUAUAAUUAUUGAACUGGAUAAUCCCUGAGCUGGAGCAUCUCAUUUGCAAUGUUGGAAUUGUGAAUUUGGUGCAUCAUGUGUUGUAGAUUGAGGUGGGAAUGCAAGGGCUCAAGUGUAGCCAUCGAACAAAGGCGGUUUACCGCAUCGCGCAGCGCUUUCAGAUGUGCUUCUGCGGCUGUCUGGAACGCUCUACCGAUAUUAGGAGGCCACUGGAGCUAUGCACUUUUAAAUAUAUAUUGCAAACUCAUUUAGAACUGAUUUUUGUGUUUAGUUUGUUGCCCUUCCGCACCUCCGAUUAGCACUCCUGCUUACCAUGCACAGUGCCACAACAUUUAAUUGGCUAUUUAUACUGAGAAAAAGAUAUAUAUUUUUUCAUAUAUACAAACCACCACUACAUGUAUUUU